AUGGUUUAUCUUCGCCUUACCAAGUCGAAUCUUUGCAUUUGUCAGUUUAAGACUUUUACAAAAUCUAAGCCUAAGCCAUUUCCAGGAAGCGGGUUUGUAGCCAGAGAGAAGAUGAAACCACCAAACGGAGAGGUGGGAAUCGACGGGAUGAUCAGUGUGAUAGCCCAUGAGCUGGCGGAAGUGUCGAGCAACCCGAUGUUGAACGGAUGGUACGGAGGAGAUGACGCAACGGCGCCAACAGAGAUAGCGGAUUUAUGUUUGGGAGUGUACGGGUCAGGAGGAGGAGGAGGGUAUAUGGGGAGUGUGUAUAAGGAUAGGUGGAGGAAUGUGUAUAAUGUGAAAGGAGUUAAAGGAAGAAAGUAUCUGAUUCAGUGGGUUUGGGAUCUUACUAGGAAUAGAUGCGUUGGACCAAACGCUAUAAAUUAG